CAGUAAAGCCGCUUCAGGCUGCUGGUGGCUGCUGUGACUCAUAAGGUGAUUGGUAUCCGCCCCUCUCCUCCUCUGCUUUAAACUUUGUCUCAGUUCCUCCUAUGAUGGCACCUUCUCUCUCAGAGGAAUAUAAAGCUUUUCUUUGAGUGUUUUUUUUUUUGGACUUCUAUCAACAUGCUGCGGGUCAUAGUUGAAUCCGCCAGCGGGAUACCCAAAAAGAAACUUGGCAACCCAGAUCCAAUAGCUUCGGUGAUCUUUAGAGGUGAAAAGAAGAAAACCAAAGCAGUUGAUAAUGAGCUCAAUCCAGUUUGGAAUGAAGUGUUUGAAUUUAAUUUGAAAGGCAGCCCUCUGGAUGCAUCUUCAUUCAUCAACGUGGUUGUAAAAGACUACGAAACAAUCGGAAAAGACAAAUUUAUUGGUUCUGCAAGAAUCUCACUGAAAGACUUGGCCAGUGGUCAUGCGAAAUCCCUCCCAUCCAAGAACAUACCACUUGUCAAUGAGAAGCAGCAGUCUUUUGGGGCAGUCAUUAAUUUGCUCAUUGGGUAUGAGUCACCUAUCAAUGCCACUUCAAACCUAAAUGAUCAAACUGAUGGAGACAUAUCUCAUUUGGAUGCUGGGAGUGAUGAGGGUGAUGAGGGAGAAGCAGACACAGAUGGGGGAGGUCAGGGUGGAGGCUCAGGAGCUCCCACUUUACCAGGCCACCCUGGGAAAUCCAGACAAUCUAUCCGUCUGAGGCGUAAGAGGCACAGAGCCCUGGCCAAUAAGCCUCAGGACUUCCAGAUCCGUGUUCGGGUUGUCGAGGGUAGACAGCUGCCUGGCAACAACAUCAAGCCUGUGGUUAAAGUGAGUGUAUGUGGACAGACCCACAGGACGAGAAUUAGGAGAGGGAACAGCCCGUUCUUUGAUGAGAUGUUUUUCUACAAUCUUAACAUGCUACCGUCAGAACUGUUUGAUGAGAGCAUCAACAUUCGGGUCUAUGACUCCUUCUCCCUCAGAUCUGACAGUCUAAUUGGAGAGUUCAAGCUUGAUGUUGGCUACAUCUACGACGAACCUAGUCACGCCAUAAUGAGGAAAUGGCUCCUCCUCAGUGAUCUUGAUGAUUCGAGCUUGGGGCCUAGAGGCUACCUGAAAGUCAGCAUAAUUGUUGUGGCUACUGGAGAUGAACCAUCGACUGAGAAGAGAGAGUCAAAUGAGGAGCAAGAUGACAUAGAGAACAAUCUUUUGGUGCCAGCUGGAGUCACGAUGCGAUCAGCCACGCUGAACCUUAAAGUCUAUCGUGCUGAGGAUAUGCCACAGAUGGAUGAUGCCUUUGUUCAGACAGUAAAACAGGUAUUUGGAGGGGAUGGAGACAGGAAAAACUUGGUGGAUCCAUAUUUGGAAGUCAGCUUUGCUGGGAAGAAGGCUUCUACCAAAAUAAUUGAGAAAAAUGCGAAUCCAGAGUUUAACCAAUUCAUCAGUCUUCAAGUAAAGUUUCCCUCCAUGUGCGAAUGCAUCAAGUUGACUAUGUAUGACUGGGAUCGUCUAACCAAGGAUGAUGCCAUAGGAACAGCAUUUUUGAAUCUAAGCAAGAUAUCUUCCUCUGGCGGAGAGAUUGAAGAAACACAGGCUGAAAAUUCCAACACAGUCACCGAAUCUGCAUCAGAAGUUGGUUUUCUCCCAGCCUUUGGGCCUUGCUACGUCAACCUGUAUGGCAGCCCGAGAGAGUACUCAGGUCUGCCUGACCCAUACGAUGAACUCAACCAUGGAAAGGGAGAAGGGGUCGCAUACAGGGGGAGGGUCCUUGUUCAACUGUCCACUCAGCUGGAUGGAAAGACUGAUAAAAAUGUGGAUGACAUCUCAAGUGAUGACAUCUUGGUCGCACAGAAAUACCAGCGGAGGAGGAAGUAUUCCCUGUGCGCAGUUUUCCACAGUGCAUGCAUGCUCCAAGAGCCUGGUGAACCAAUCCAGUUUGAGGUCAGCAUCGGUAAUUAUGGGAACAAGCUGGAUUCCACCUGCAAGCCGCUGGCGUCCACCACCCAGUACAGCUUUGCUGUUUUUGAUGGUAAUCACUACUAUUACCUACCCUGGGCUGACACUAAGCCUGUUGUGAUUCUCACUUCGUACUGGGAGGACAUCAGCUACCGCCUGUACUCUGUUAAUAUUCUCCUCUUCAUUGCUGAGAGGCUGGAGUCUCACCUUAUUUCUUUUAAAACAGCCAUCUUAACCAAAAUUCCUGAGACACACCUUGCUGAAAUUUGGCUUAAACUCAUCAACUGCCUGAUUGAGGACCUUAGCAAUUUGCAGCUUCCAGUUCUGGAGGAACAGCAAAACAUUACAGAACUGGAUCUCCAAAUAAAAAGCCUGCGUGAUGCCGCUGUGGAAAGUAUCAGGCAGAUGGCCACUCGGGUGAGAGAAGAAGCCACAGACGUCAAGGCGACUGUUGGUGAAAUUGAAAACUGGUUGGACAGACUCAAGCAGCUGGCAGAGGAGCCUCAGAACAGCAUGCCAGAUGUGAUCAUAUGGAUGUUGAGAGGAGAGAAGCGUGUGGCUUAUGCCCGAGUCCCAGCCAACCAGAUCCUGUACUCUAACUUCAGUGACGAGGCCUGUGGCAAACAUUGUGGAAAGACUCGGACCGUCUUCAUGCAGUAUCCCAUGGACAAAGAAAAAGGUCUGAAGAUCCCAGUUCAGCUGAGGAUCAACAUGUGGCUCGGUCUCUCUGCACAAGAGAAAAAAUUCAAUACUUUCUCAGAGGGAAACUUCAGUGUGUACGCUGAAAUGUAUGAGAACCAGGCUCAGGUGUUUGGCAAAUGGGGUACCACUGGCUUGGUUGGACGUCAUAAGUUCUCCGAUGUAACUGGAAAGGUGAAGCUCAAGCAGGAACGCUUUCUGCCGCCACGUGGAUGGGAAUGGGAGGGAGACUGGUUUGUUGAUCCUGAGCGAUGUCUGUUGACAGAAGCAGAUGCAGGCCACACAGAGUUCACAGAUGAGGUUUUUGAGAAUGAAACACGGUUUCCUGGUGGUGAGUGGAAACCUGCUGCAGAGCCCUACACAGACGUGAAUGGUGAAAAGGUUCAGAGCCCAGGGGACUUUGAGUGUCCACCUGGAUGGACCUGGGAGGAUGACUGGAGCUUCGAUAGCAACAGAGCUGUUGAUGAGAGAGGUUGGGAAUAUGGGGUCACCAUUCCCCCUGAUGAUAAACCAAAGUCCUGGGCUCCAGCAGAGAAGAUGUACCAUGUCCACCGCAGGAAGAGACUCAUGAGAAAAAGAAGGAAGAUAUCUGAGAAAACUGCUAUUGCUGAGAGACGAGGAUCGGGGGAAGGUUGGGAAUACUCUUCCCUGAUUGGCUGGAAGUUCCACAGGAAAGAGCGCUCCUCUGACACGUUCCGCCGCCGACGUUGGAGGAGAAAGAUGGUCCCAUCAGACUGCAUUGGGGCCUCUGCCAUCUUCAGACUGGAAGGAGCUUUAGGGGUCGAUGUUGAUGAGAAGGCCGGUAAAACGGGUGCAGCCAAAGUUUUUGGUGCCAACACACCCACUGUUUCCUGCCACUUUAACCGAUCUUACAUCUACCACCUGAGAGUCUAUGUCUAUCAGGCAAGAAAUCUCUGUGCCAUGGACAAAGACAGCUUCUCGGAUCCCUAUGCUCAUGUGUCAUUUCUGCAUGUGAGCAAGACCACAGAAGUCAUAAAGACCACGCUGAAUCCCACAUGGGAUCAGACUCUCAUUUUUGAUGACAUUGAAAUCUACGGAGACCCACAGACCAUCGCCUGCAACCCUCCCGAUGUAGUCUUGGAGCUGUAUGACAAAGAUCAAGUGGGUAAAGAUGAGGCCAUGGGCCGCUGCACAUGCCCCCCUGUGGUUAAACUGAACCCCAGUGGGGCUGUCAGUCCUAAACUGCUGUGGUUCCCAGUCACCAAAAAAGGUCGCAGUGCUGGAGAGGCAUUGCUAGCUGCUGAGCUCAUAUUGAAGGACAAGGUUAAUGAUGGAGAUUUUCCAUUGGUGCCUCCUCGGCGGGGGGAGAAUCUCUACAUGGUUCCUCAGGGAAUCAGGCCAGUUGUGCAGCUCACUGCGAUUGAGGUCUUGACUUGGGGGUUGAGGAACAUGAAGACAUAUCAGUUGGCCACAGUAUCCUCCCCAAGUUUGAUAGUUGAAUGUGGUGGUGAGACCGUUCAAACUGCUGUGAUUAAGAACUUCAAAAAGAACCCCAACUUUCCUGGAUCAGUGCUGCUACUCAAAGUGCUUCUUCCCAAAGAUGAGAUGUACGCCCCUCCCAUCGUGCUCAAGGUGAUCGACCACAGACCUUUUGGUAGGAAGCCUGUCGUGGGACAGUGCACAAUUGACUGUCUGGAGGAGUUCCGCUGUGACCCGUAUCGUCUUAACAAUGAAACCUGCAUGUCUGCUAGAGUGGCAAUGAUAGCUGCUGCCCAAGGAGAUGUUGUCAUAGACGUGGAGGGGAGACCCAUCAUAAAAACAGAGCUUCAAGAAGAAAAGGAGGAGGAGGCAGUAGACUGGUGGAGUAAGUUUUAUGCCUCCACUGGGGAGCAGGAAAAGUGUGGACCUUACCUGAAAAAGGGAUAUGACAAAUUGCAGGUAUACAAUUGUGAAUUAGAAGAGGUUAAAGAGUUCCACAGGCUGACUGAUUUCUGCAGCACUUUCAAACUUCAGAGAGGAAAGAGUGAAGAUGAAGAAGAUGAUCCCUCAGUGGUGGGAGAGUUCAAGGGCUCAUUCAAGAUUUACCCACUGCCUGAUGACCCAGGCGUGCCAGCGCCACCUCGCCAGUUCAGAGAGCUUCCUGAGAGUGGACCACAGGAGUGCCUGAUCAGAAUAUAUGUGGUGUCCUGUACUGACCUGCAGCCUAAGGAUACAAACGGCAUGUGCGACCCGUACAUUAAGAUUAUGCUGGGGAGGAAAACAGUGGAUGAUAGAGAUAACUACAAACCUAACACCCUCAAUCCUGUGUUUGGAAGGAUGUUUGAGCUAUCCUGCUUCCUGCCUCAAGACAAGGAUCUGAAGAUUUCUGUGUAUGACUAUGACCUCCUGAGCAGAGAUGAAAAAGUGGGUGAGACAGUCAUCGAUUUGGAAAACAGGCUUCUCUCUCGUUUCAGGCCUAGCUGUGGCCUGCCACAGACUUACUGUGUAUCUGGGAUCAAUCAGUGGAGAGAUCAGCUGAAGCCUUCUCAGAUACUCCAAAAUCUGGCUAAAGUGCGGGGCGUCCCUAAUCCACGCUUUGAGGGUGAUGGAAGCUCAUUGUCUUUCGCAGGAAGAGAAUACCACCUGCAGGAAUUUGAGGGCAACACUGUACAACAACACCAGCACUUGGGCCCGGCCAGAGAAAGGCUGGCGCUGCAUGUCCUCAGAGACCAGGGAUUGGUACAAGAGCAUGUAGAGACCAGGACCCUAUUCAGCUCCCACCAACCAAAUCUAUCACAGGGACGAAUUCAGAUGUGGGUAGACAUUUUCCCCAAGAGGCUCGGUUUGCCCGGGCCUCCGUGUGAAAUCACUCCACGCAAAGCUAAGAAGUACUUCUUGCGAGCUGUCAUUUGGAACACAAGUGAUGUCACUCUGGAUGAACGAAGCAUCACUGGAGAAAACAUGAGCGACAUCUACGUUAAAGGAUGGAUGCCAGGAAUGGAGGACAACAAGCAGAAGACUGAUGUCCACUACAGAUCUCUGGAUGGAGAUGGAAAUUUCAACUGGAGGUUCAUCUUUGGCUUUGACUACCUACCUGCAGAGCAGCUGUGUGUUGUCUCUAGAAAGGAGCAUUUUUGGAAUUUGGACAAAACUGAAUUUAGGAUUCCUCCUAAAUUGAUCAUCCAGAUAUGGGAUAAUGACAAAUUCUCCCUGGAUGACUACUUAGGGUCAAUUGAGCUGGACUUACUGAAUCUCAUCCCUCCUGCAAAGACCCCAGAAAAGUGCAGCCUGAAGAUGCUGCAAGGAAUGAUGGCAUCACAGCCCACCUCACUCUUCUCCCAGAAGUCUGUGCGAGGCUGGUGGCCAUGUGCAAUUGAGCAGGGUGGAAAACCUGUACUUGGUGGAAAAGUUGAGAUGACACUGGAAAUAGUGGACGAGAAGGAGAUGGAGGAAAGGCCAGCCGGGAAAGGCAGAGAAGAGCCCAACAUAAAUCCCAGACUGGAACCACCCAACCGCCCUGACACUUCGUUCUUCUGGUUUACAAAUCCUUGCAAGACCAUGAAGUUCAUAGUGUGGCGCAGAUUCAAGUGGAUUUUCAUUUUAGGAGUUCUUCUCCUGCUUGUACUCUUGUUCCUUGGGAUCCUUUUCUACUCCCUCCCCAAUUAUAUCUCCAUGAAGAUUGUCAAGCCUUUCUCUUAAGAAGCACUGUAGAGAAGCUCUGUACCUACCUGCAGCACAACCUACAGACCUGCUUGCUGUUACCAUCCCAUGGAAAUAAGCAAUAACUGUCUCUGCUGAUGCCUUAGAAAUCUGACACUAAGCAUUUCCCUGUCACAGUGACUGCUAUUAAUUUUGUAUUUUUUCACUCUCAGUAUUAUUUUGUACCUCAUGUAUAUUAAAUCAAAUUUGUUUCACUGACUGUUAAAUGAAAAAAAGCAACAGAAAUGACAUUUUAAUAAAUCAUAGGGAUCUAUCUA